GCAACUGCACGUCUGCGCAUCGAGAUGUUGGAAGGCACCAAUCCACAAACAUCGGCUGGUCUAGGCAUACCUAGGCAGCAGCAGCCUGAAGUUUACACAGCAUGCAUAUUAAAGUCGAACGUAGCCACAUGAAAGACAGCACAUCUUUCUCAUCCCCAAAUAAUCUCAAGAGUUCAAAAUCAAAAUCAUCAAUCGCAUACUCCAGCAACCAUGCCCACCACCCUCACAGUCGCAGACCAUGCAUCCAAAAGCUCACACAGCCGGACCUACAACGUCGACACCCCGGAAAAGCUCCUCGCACACACCAGUUCACAAGACUCCCAGGCCUGCAAAUGGCUGAUUCGAAGUUCGGUCUCCGCCGAUGAACUCCAGAAGUCUUGCAUCGUCGGCUCAAACAACGGGUUCGUUCAUGCAGCUUUCGAUGCGUACAGCUACCACCACCAUCUCACCAUCCGUCCCGAAGAUGUGUGGUUCGCAAUUCUCUCGCAACUCAACUUCUACAUCAACGCCAAUGCCGAAGCCCUGCGCGACCAUUUCGUUUCGCACCAAGGACAGAAAGAGCUCGAAGUCGAAGGCGUUGGCAGCAUUCAUUCGGUAGAUAUCGGGGCGCUAGCUCGGCGCAUGACGGGACUGAUACAGGAGAAUGUCAAGGACCCCGAUCUGCGCGAUUGGAUCAUGCCGGCGUUCAGCACAACUACAGUCACCGAUCGCACAACAGCUGCGGUGCUCAUGAUGGGCACUAUGCAGGCAUACUUCUCGUACAAGAUGUGCAUAUGCUGCGGUAUCCCGUCGGUCACUCUGCUGGGCGAACGCGAGGACUACGAAGAUAUUCUCGCCAGGCUGGAGAAACUCGUCGAAUUGGGUCCUGAAGCGAGCACAUUUGCUGAUCUGCUUCGUCCUGUUUUGCGCAAUUUCAUCAAGACUUUCGAUCCGGAGCAGGCUGUUGCGUCGCGCGACUUCUGGCAGAAGAUCGCCCAUAGCUCUGGAGGGGGUAGUGGGCCUUCAUACCUGGGAGGGUGGCUGACUGCAUUUUGCUUCUGGGACAACAAGGGAAAGUGUAUGUAUAAUCUGAAUACAGGGAUGCAGAGUUGGGAUGUCGAUGAGGCCGAUAAGCAGCUUUUGGAAUUGGACGGAGUUUCGUAUCAUCGGGUUGAUACCGAGGAUAUCCCGUCGGGCUUUGCUUCUGUGCCAGUGUUGGUGGACGACAACGGUACGAAGUACAAGACCAAGAUGGUCGCUGGAUCACUGGGUAUCGAGAUCACCAGCAGCAACGAAUCCGAGGCUGCGACAGAGGAGAAGAAGCUGGAUUCGCUACAGUCGCUCAGUGGGUGGAUGAUGUAUGAGAUCGAUCCUACUCCCAAGAAGAACCCCUGGGAAUAUGACUGGUAAGGAAGUGACUCUGAAUAACUAAGGCAUGAAGGUGUUGGACAGGGGUAGGGACGUCAAGCACGAUGGAAAAGUAUGACAGACCAGUAUGUAAAGGGUAAGUAUAUCGGGUUUACCUUAUGGUACCGUACAAAACGUAAUUUGGAAUACAUGUUCUCUAACAACCUGCACAUGUGUUAGCAUGUUCACAACGGAAACCUCAGCAGAAGUCUAAAUUUCGUGAAAUACAAUCUCCAAGAAAUAGCUCUCUUCGUAAAAGUCGCACAAACAGAAAACUGAAAUAAUUGCUUGAAUUUGUUUGCAUAUACAUCUCAAAAAGAACAAAUCAGGCUCAAAGAAUAUCAACUUCUGCGCAAAUUCGCAGGUUCAUCCAGCGAAGAAGAUGCAAUGGUU